AACAGCAAGACAAGAGGAGCGCUCACUAAAGAAAAGUUGGACCUGAGGAAUGGGCAAGUGCGAGACCACCGCUUUCCUCCCAAUAUUCACCAUCAUGACCGGCAAAACAACACGAAAGAGGAUUUAAAAGGAUCUACUCUGGAUUGUUCGCACUUUUAGAGGGAUUUGUGGCACGAAAAAAAAAACUUCACGAGUGUUUCUGUAUCGGAGGAAGAGCGAAAAUGUAUUCCCACAAGUAUUCCUCUACUUUUGAGAUGUUUUUCUUAUUAUUAUGGGGCACAUUUUACGGGGUUCAAGCGACCACAAGGACGUGUCCCGCUCCGUGCGCUUGUUUGGGGGAUCUAGUAGAUUGCAGUCGACUGAAAAGGGGACAAAUGCCAAACUUUCUCCCAGAAUGGACAGUCCAACUAGACCUCAGCCAUAACAAAUUGCAAGUACUCGAUGGCACUUUGUUUUCCGAACUGAAACAUCUCACUGAACUAAAGCUGAACCACAACGAACUGGACACGGUACCAGAUUUGGGACCGUACGCGUCAAACGUCACAACGCUGGUUCUAGCAAACAACAGGUUCUCCAAGAUCGCCACGGAGCAGCUCAGGCCUUUCCUCGCCCUGGAAACGCUCGACCUCAGCAACAACAUCAUUGUGGAAAUCAAGGCUAACUCCUUUCCUGCUUUGCCUCUCAAGAACUUGUUCCUCAACAAUAAUCGCAUCUCCUUACUGGAGACAGGCUGCUUCACCAACCUAUCCAGCAGUCUUCAGGUUCUCCGACUCAACCGCAAUCGCCUCUCAUCCAUUCCGGCUAAAAUCUUCCAAUUGCCCAACCUUCAACACCUGGAGCUAAGCAGGAACCGAGUGCGCAGAGUAGAAGGCUUGACAUUCCACGGUUUGCACGCUCUCCGCUCUCUGAAGAUGCAGAGGAACGGACUCAGUCGCCUCAUGGACGGCGCCUUCUGGGGCCUCAGCAAUAUGGAAGUCUUGCAGCUGGACUACAACAACCUGACUGAGGUGAGCAAAGGCUGGCUGUACGGCCUGCUGACUCUGCAGCAGCUCCACCUCGGCCACAACGCCAUCAGCAGGAUUCGACCUGACGCCUGGGAGUUCUGCCAGAAACUCAGCGAGCUCAACCUCUCUUCCAACCACUUGUCCCGACUGGAAGAAUCCAGCUUCGUUGGACUCAGCCUGCUAGAUGAGCUUCACAUCGGGAAUAACCGAGUUAGCUUCAUCGCCGACGGAGCAUUUCGAGGCCUCUCCAGCCUGCAGACCUUGGAUCUCCAAAAUAAUGAAAUCUCGUGGACCAUAGAGGACAUGAACGGGCCCUUCUCAGCACUGGACAAACUGAAGAAAAUAUUUCUCCAAGGAAACCAAAUUCGUUCAGUUACCAAGAAGUCAUUUUCUGGCCUGGAUGCAUUACAGCACCUGGACUUGAGCAAUAACGCCAUCAUGUCUAUCCAAGCAAAUGCUUUUUCACAGAUGAAGAAUCUACAAGAACUGCGUCUGAACACCUCGAGCUUGCUGUGCGACUGCCAGCUCAAGUGGCUUCCAGUCUGGGUGGCAGAACAAACCUUCCUCCCCUGCAUUAAUGCCAGCUGCGCCCACCCGCAGAUGCUGAAGGGCAGGAGCGUGUUCGCCGUCGGCCCCGAGGAGUUUGUGUGCGAUGAUUUCCCCAAGCCUCAGAUCACCAUUCAACCGGAGACGCAGUCGGCUCUGAAAGGAGCUAACGUAACUUUCGUGUGCUCGGCCGCGAGCUCCAGCGACUCGCCAAUGACGUUCUCCUGGAAGAAAGACAACGAAGUCCUAAACGAUGCAGAGAUCCACAACCAGGCCCACUUAAGAGUACAGGGAGGUUCCGGUGGCGAGACUGAGGUGACGGAGUAUACAACCACCCUGCAGCUGCGAGAUGUGCAAUUCUCCAGUGAGGGAAAAUACCAGUGCGUCAUCUCCAACCACUUUGGAUCCUCUUACUCCACCAAGGCCAGGCUGACUGUUAAUAUGCUUCCAUCCUUCACCAAGAUGCCGAUGGACCUGAGUAUCCGUGCCGGAGCGACGGCCAGGCUGGAGUGUGCCGCUGUGGGUCACCCGUCGCCUCAAAUUGCCUGGCAGAAGGACGGCGGCACGGACUUCCCAGCCGCCCGCGAACGGCGAAUGCACGUGAUGCCUGAAGACGACGUGUUCUUCAUAGUCGAUGUCAAGACGGAGGACAUUGGCGUUUACAGCUGCACCUCUCAGAACAUUGCUGGGGCCAUUUCUGCCAAUGCUACGCUAACAGUUUUAGAAACACCCUCUUUCCUGAGACCCCUCAUGGACCGAACGGUAGCCAAGGGUGAGACCGCUGUCCUCCAAUGCAUAGCCGGCGGCAGCCCCGCACCGAGACUGAACUGGACCAAAGACGACAGCCCGUUGUUAGUGACCGAGCGCCAUUUCUUCGCCGCCGCCAAUCAGCUCCUUAUCAUCGUGGAUGCCGCAGAGGCAGACGUUGGGAAGUACACUUGUGAAAUGUCCAACGCUCUGGGCACCGAAAGGGGAAAUAUCAGGCUGUCCGUCAUUCCGAACCCCAACUGCGACUCUGGAGGAGGCGUCGGGGUCGGGAUUAUUGGCGGCGCAGGCUCGGAUGAUGACGGCUGGACCACAGUGGGCAUAGUCAUUAUAGCUGUGGUGUGCUGCGUAGUUGGCACCUCGUUAGUGUGGGUAGUAAUCAUCUACCACACCCGUAGGCGUAAUGAGGACUGCAGUGUUACCAACACAGAUGAGACGAACUUGCCAGCAGACAUCCCAAGCUACCUCUCCUCUCAAGGCACGCUAGCAGACCGCCAGGACGGCUACAUACCGUCUGAAACCGGGAGCAGCCAUCAGUACAUGGCGUCGUCCAUUAGCGGCUUCUACCUGCAGUCUAAAGACAUGAAUGGUCUUUGUCAGCUGGAUACAGGCAGUGAAGCGGAGAUGGAAGCGGCAUCCAUUGAUCCCCUGCUCUGUCAUUACCAAGGUCCAAUAAGCACACUGCUUCGGCGAGACCUGUACCCCGCUGAACUGUCUGAGGUCUACACAGGGUGUCCUGUUGACUCGAGACCUGUUUGCACUGAGAACUACAACGGAAGCCUGACCAGGUCCAAAAGAAGGGACUGCCUCCUCUCAGAGCCCUUUGACCUUUGCUCCUCUACAAUCCUGAUGCAACUUCCCAAUGCUGGUCUUCAUCUUGGCCCCUCCCACCAACAAACUGGUCGCCGCCCAUCCACGGAGGAGGCAGAAACGGCAAACUAUGGCCGACCAAAUGACUGCCCCCCUCCUUACAACAGCUUCAUGGGUACAUUUGGGAAAUCUCCCUGGAGACCUCAACAGGACUUGCACUUGAGAUAUAGCCCACCUCCAGCGACCAGUCCCCAUGAGAACCCCUACACUGCUCCCGAUGUGGAUUCAGACGGCGAAGAGGGCAACCGCAACAAGGACUCCGACUCGGAGCAGAGUCACAGUGUUUACGAACAGCCGUUUGACAGCAACAGGACUGAAGACGUUUCUCAAAGCGGAACAAGCUGUUAGCCGAGUGACUUAGCGCCUGUUUUUUUCCAUGAAGGGAGGACCAAAUAUUUUAAAAUAUUACUUCUACCUCACUGAGUCGACACCUUUGGAAUGAAAGACUCCUGAAAUGUGCAACAAGUGAAUGUAAAAGAGGACAUUCCGACAAAAAGAGUACAAGCAUCUCUAUGAAGGCUCGUGCUUUUAGGAAACAACUAGAUGACUAUAAACAUUUUAUAUAAAUAUUUUAUAUUUUGUAAAUUGUAUAUAAACAGAUUAUUUUUGCUUAACAUCUUUCAUAUACGGGAAUGUUGCAGCUCUGCCAGUUCAGUUACAAGUUUUGUUUAGUUUUUUUUUUUUUUUUAUUACAUGCUUUCAAUGAAGCAAUGUCUUGCACAUAUGUACACAAAAUAAAAACACCUGAAUGUGUGCUGCUACAUUCACUGGCGAGUAUUUUUUUUGUUGCUUGCAAGGUUGGUUUUGAGAGUGCUUUGGGUUCAGACCACCAAGGAAGACGGAGGUGUGUCCGCUUUUAAAACUAUUUCAUUGUAGGGUUGGCGUACUUUAAUGGAAUGUUAUUUGCUGACUUACUGUUUAAGAAAGUACAAAAUAUCGCUUUAGCUCUUUAAAACUACGUAAAAAUUUUGUUUUUGUGCGUCCAGUUUUCUAGUACGCCAAUGAUCAUCAUGUCAACCAUAGCUAAGAUUAGUUUCCCGUGUCAUACUAUUUAAAGUUAAUGAUGUAAUUCCUACCAAGCAACAUUUUUAACCAUACUUACCAUAAUUUUCGUACUAUAAGGCGCACCCGAGACCAGACUAUAAGCCGCCACUCACCAAAUUUGACACGAAAACGGCAUUUGUUCAUAGAUAAGCUGCACCGGACUAUAAGUCGUGGCUGUCCUCACUGUAUUAUAGGAAAUCUACACCAAAGAUAUUGGACAACAGUAACUCCCGAAUCCUUCAGUCCAAUCCACAAAAAGCUUCAUUUGGCCAUCACUACUCCCUCGGGGGAGACCGUCAACCUCUGCUGCCACCUGCUGUCAACACCGCUGUCAUCAAACAUGCCUCCUAUCAUGCAUUGCAGCGCUACAGAUGUAAAUAACCAUCAAAAUUCAUGUUCUGUUCCAAUUAUGUCUUCA